AUGGCGCAGUCACCUGAAGCGGCAACGAAGAGGCGCGGAAGCAACAGGGCUGCUCUUGCUAGCAGCUGCUGCAAAUCGCUCGCUUCAGCAACGCCGUCGGAGACGGCGUCGGCAUCGGAGGAGGCGGAGGUGGGAGCCCCCUCGGCGAGCCCAGACCAGCCCAGCCCGGCAGCCGCCUCGCCCGUCUCACCCCCACCACCACCACCACCACCAGCAAACGCCUUACGUGCCUCCGGCGUCUCCAACGUCUCGGGAUUCACUUUGCAACGAGACGGCGCCGGGGAAGGUCGCCGAGUCGUCUCAGAGCUAAACUUGGAACACAAAUCAUCCUAA